AGUCUGAGUGACUAACUUCAUCGGAACAUAAAUAUAUUUUUAUGCAUAUAGUCUUUCACUGGAGGAAUUAAUUUUUAAUUCUUUGCGCUUUUUUUCUUUUCUUGUGCGUCUUGUGAGUCUCCACAGCCUGCAAGGGAAGUUGCCUCGAAAUUGUGACAGAUGUGAAAGAAAUGAAAUCAUAUGUCUUUUUAAAUGAUGACAGAGAAAAGUUGCAUGGGGGUAUCCUGUAGGAGGAGUUCUUUGUGACCAAACAAGUAACGGAUUUUCCCUUAUAAAAAAGGAAAUUGAGUCCCGACCGCUCAAUGAACAGCAUUAUUCGGAGACCCCGCUGCGCAGCGGGUUCCCUGCUUCCCUGCCAGCCCACCCCAAGCUUCAUGGGUUGAACCACCAGAAGUUCGACAAUCUCCUCUUCAUUCUCUCCUCCUCGUCAUCCUCCGCACAACCCCUCAACCCCACCCUCCAUCCUACAACCCCGUGCCGUCUACUCUCUUUACCAGUACUACUACCAGCGUGAUGGCUUGUUGCGCCUCGGGCUUAUUUAGACUUGCAACCGCAGCAUCACCCUCGACUUCACAGACUUGCGGACGCAGUAGCCACUAGAGUGAGAGAUCCAGAGAGACAGAGGGGAGGAAAGGGAGAGACAGACAGAGACAGAGAGCAGUACCACAGGAGAGAGGAGGGAUCAUCUGUCCCAGCAGCAGAGGGAUCCACCUGUCCCACAGAGGAAGGGGCCCCCCCCACCUGAUCCAUCUGGUCGCAGGGGGGGACCCUGCGUAGCCGGGAAGGCAACAGGGACUAUGCAGCUGGGACUGGUGGCGCUGGCAAUGGUCUUCUUCAGCUCCAUGGGUCACAGCGAUGUUCUCAAGCUCUCCAAGGCGAGAAGGCAGAGACGGGUUAGCACUGAGGGGCCACCAUCUUGCCCCAAAGGCUGUGACCGAUGCUCCGAGUAUAACGGCUGCAUCAAAUGUAGACCCAAGCUCUUCAUCUUCCUGGAGCGCAAUGAUAUUCGUCAGAUAGGCGUGUGCCUCGCCUCCUGCCCCAUGGGAUACUUUGGCAUGAGGAACCCAGAAGGCAACAACAGAUGCACCCAAUGUAAAAUAGACAAUUGUGAAGCGUGUUUCAAUCGCAAUUUUUGCACAAAAUGUAAGGAGGGCUUGUAUUCACACAGUGGGCGAUGUUAUGUCAGCUGCCCUCCAGGCCAGCGCACCUCCAACGAGACCAUGGAGUGUGUCGGUCAGCGUCCUGCAGAGUGUGAACUGGGCGAGUGGAGCCAGUGGGGUUCCUGUAUGAAGAAGAACAAAACAUGUGGAUUUAAGAAAGGCUCCCAGUCCCGGGUUCGCGUGCCCCUACCGCAGGUCGACAUCCCCGACACUUCCCCGGCCUUGGUGCCCUCACAGACCUGUGCUCCACAGACAGAGAGGAGGAAGUGCAUUGUGACCAAGACGCCUUGUGUGAGAGAGAGGAAGAGCAAGGGAGACCGACAAGAUGAUACAAACAGGGAGAAUGCACACGGGCGAGGACGUGACAGCAAAGAUGGGAGCAGAGGCGGAGGGGGAGGAGGAGGAGGGGGGGGAGGAGNGGGAGGAGGGGGGAAGAGGCGAAGAGGCCAGAGCAGGACCACCACUGCUCCCAGCAUCACAACCAGCUCUGUCAGCUAAACUCCAUCGCUUGCUGGAUGGGUGCUGAGAGAAAAACAGAAACAGUGCCUCACCCAGCAGCACCAGCCACAGACAAAGAUCAAACUGAUGAAGGAAUGGAUUAAUGCUGCUAUGCAUUGUAGAAGAUGCAAAGAGAACUGGAGGAUCGCUGCAACACAAAAGGCUUAUCUGAGCUUUGUGAAUAGAUGAACAUAUCUGGAAGAUACUGGUGUUCAGAAAGACUUGUUGAUUUUCAUUCCACCAUGAGGGAUCACUGUUGGACUGCAAAGCCAGUGUUGAAGAUAGCGGUUCGUGUCAUGAACCUUUGUCUUUGUCACUUCUUGAACUAAGAACAGAUUCCCGUAUUUCAAAUGCAGCAUUUAAGCUGGAAGUCUGAUAAUGAAUGAAGGGUCUCUUCAGUCUCUCUCUGGUCUAGAUUUAUUUUGUUCCAGUUUGAUUUUAAUCACAAUCUGUUCUUUAUUUGAUUUCAUGUUCGUGAGAGGUGGCAGAUGGACUUUCUCAACAGCCGCUGUAUGUGAUGUAAAGAUGAUGAAAAGUAUUAAGUCUUUGUACCUUUAGUUCCUGUUGUGAGAUGAAACAAAAAAAGAAAGGCACUGGAAAUCAUUUGUGGUUGUUGAGGACAGAAAGUCCUCUAUACAGUAUAUUAUUUCGAGGAGGGAAUCCAUUACAAAACAAGCCUAAGAGAAGAUGUAGGAGGAUUACUGGGGGCUCAACUCACAUCCUUCUCCGGUGUCUUGACACAGACUUUUGCCAUUUGAUAGCUUAGUUGUUUGGUCUGAAAUAAAUGCCGGUGUUUGUGUCAGAAAAUAACUCUGCACAGAAAAGGAGGAAUAAAAACACAAGUAUUUGCAUGUGCGUGAGUGAAAGAGAGCGUGUGUGUGUGCGUGUGUGUGCUUGUCUCUACCUAGUCUGAGUGUUGGUGUACUUUGUAUGCAUUUCUGCACGGAAUCAAGUUGUUUGUCAAUGGAACUUAGUCGUUUGUACAUGUGUGUUUACGUUUGCACAUAUGUGUUAAUAUUGGUCUCAUAGAUUGAAGGAAUAGGUUCUCGAAAAACAAGAGGAAGGAAAUGUAAAUGCACAGUGAUAUAUCAAAUAUGCAGUAACUACAAGCCACUGAUUAUCAUUUAAGCCAUCAAAUCAUCAGCUGCUCAGUAAUCAUAUCUGUUUGCAACAGGGUCUGAAGAUUUUGCACAACUAUAAUGUUUCCUACUGCUCGUGUUUCAGAACAAUCAUAGCAUUUUAUACAUUUAUACUCCAAAAGCUUCAUGACAUUGCAGAUACGGAGAGGAGGUUUUUUUUUUUCCUAGAACGUUUUUCAUGGGUCUGUUUGCUUUACACACGAUAUUAACUUCAGGAGAAGUUACACACUACAUUAUUCAUUCAUACUAUGGAUUGUGAUGCUGAAUAUGUCAUACUGUGUUUAUCAUCAAACAUACAAAGUAUUAGAAUCAUCAUGUAUAGCU